AUGCGCAGACAAUCCUCGGUGGCCUCGCUCCUCUACGCUCACCUCUUCCCCAGUCCUGGCCCCUCGGACCCCCCCAACUUCCAGACCCACCUUGCCCGCGACCUGAUUCCAGAGAUCCGCAUCGAGACGGCCACCUUCUACGGCAGUCUGGACAGCAUCGAGGCUCGCUAUCCCGGCUUGAACUACUGCCAUGCUCCUCACCGCAUGCGCCUGGGCCGAUUCCCCCACCAUGCCCGCCUGUUCGCUGCCAUCGACACCAUGGCAAUCACCGACCAGGAGGUCAUGGAUCUGGUGCGCUGGGAGGGCACUUUGUGGGCCAGACAGAGAUUCGAAAGAGACGAGAAUAUAAAGGUCAGGGAUACCACCGGUGACGGCAUCUCUGAUUGGGUCGACCCGCGCAUACCAUCAAAGCAGAAACCCUUGAUCCGCGUCCACACCGACAUCGCCAUCACCCAAGGCAGCCACCCUGUCGACAUGCUCCUGGACGACCACGCCCAUCCAGACAUGGUCGACCAAGAGUUGGAACAAGACGACGACAAUGCUGAAGAAGAGGAAGACGACGACGACCAAGAUCAAGGCGGUAACGCCGACGAUGAUGAUGAUGUGGGGGACAACAUUCAGAGCAUCGGACACGAGUUGAACCGUCGGCUGCUAGCAGCCAUCGCCGCCCGACAGCAAGGCCUCAACGUCGAGAUGGAUCCAGAAUUCGAAGCCUACCUCAAAGAGCUGGUCGAAAGCGGCCAUCUGUUGGCCACCUCGCGUCCUGUCGAUGGCCCCAUGAGCCGCUCCGACACUUCGUCGCCGCUCCCUCGCCUCGCAGACUCCUCUGCCAUUCCCGACAUUGCCCUUCCCACCGCCGCUAGUUGGCAGCCGACGGCAUGA